ACACUGCAGUCACACCCAAACAGCCAGCAAACCAAACAAACAACGAGGAAUCCAGCAGAUUUUCCAUAGAAUCUCCCAACCAAAGGAUGCAAAAAUCAUCCCACAUUGCACGCGAAGAUUCCCAGGAGCACCUGCCCACCAGACAUACUCAAGACAUCCACACGGUGAACAUGAAGAGGCGCACUUUAUCCGGAAGCUGUGGUGUAGGCGUCUUCGUGUUUGCCUUUGCCUUCAUUGCGAUUGCAUUUGCAACGCCCAGUUGGUUGGUCAGCGAUUACCGCAUCACAGGCGCCAAGUUGGAUCGCCUGGGAUUGUGGGUGCACUGCUUCAGGUCGCUGGCGGAUGUGAAUGACAAUAGCCAGCGGAGGUUCUUCGUGGGCUGUCGCUGGGUCUACGACCCAUUUACCACUGGCUACGACGAGAUCCGAGGAUUCCUGCUGCCCGGUUUCAUGAUAGCCACUCAGUUCUUUUACACUCUGGCCUUUAUCGGGAUGCUACUGUCUGCCAUUGGAGUACUGAUAUUCUUCCUGUGCGCUGGACCGGAUCAGAAGCACUUCAUCACCCUCAUCCGAUCAGUGGGCUAUGUGCUCCUGGGAGCCGGAGUAAGUGCGGCCAUUGCCGUGAUAGUAUUCGCUGGAUUUGGCAACCGGAAUGGCUGGAUGCCGGAGCAUGCGAACAAUUGGUUCGGUUGGUCCUUCAUCCUGGCCUGUGUAGGCACAGUGUUCACCCUGGUGGCAGCCACGUUGUUCCUCACUGAAGCUCAUGUGCAGCACAGGAAGCGAAUUCAGUUCAAAGAGUCCCAGACGCGAUUCGAGUUGGUGCGCGGAUAGUCGCUGUCGCAGCAACUGGCACACAUACACCAAGGAAAACACAGAAACUACGAGCAAGUUAAGAGCAGAAUAACACAAAAACAUUCCGUCCCCACGAAGAAUUCUCACCCUAAGUAUCACAGUCGAACUUCUUUAAGACGAAAAUUCCCAAGUCAAAAUUUCAGCAAGUAACAAAUUUCAUACGUUAUGAUCAUAAGAAUUUGAAAUUCUGCAAUUUUUAAGAUACAAUUCAAUUCUUUAAUUUAAAGAAGUUUAAAAACACUUGAAAAGUUGUAUAAAGAAGAAAUGCCAAAAAGCAAUGUUUAUUUUAACAGCAUACUUUUAGCCACAUUUUAAAAUAACGUACUACAAUUUUUUUUCCUUUUCUUUUACAAUUUUAUUUAUGUUAAAUGGUUAACCAUAAAGUAUUUUAGCAAAAAAGAGGAAUUUAUUUAUUUUCUCUUAGAGUGCUUGACUCUCGCCUAAUAACUAAAAACAUGUUUAAUUUAAAGAAGUUCGACUGUAAAUAUAGUUUAUAGUUCAAAAAGUUUAUGCAAUUGACAGCCACACCGCAUCACAUUUCAGUUCUUGGUACUUAUUAAUCAUCCAUCCAAUCGACCAGAUCAGUUCCGAACGAAGACUGAAUGUUUUUUCGAAUGAAAAUCGCAUCUACCGCACAGCUACCAUCAAACGAGGACGCUCAACCUUAUGACUCAUGUUCAUGUAGAGUAUUCUACAGUAUUUGCAUAUCAAUUUUCGCUCAAUUAACGCCCAGAGACAACCGCCGUCCCCCCUCAACAAUUGCAUCUACUUAUUUUUGCAAAGUCGCAGGCUAGCUGAAACUAGCAACGAAAUAUUACACUCGUGCCUUAAUUAGAGAGAACUAUUUUGGUAUAGUUCAUAGUGCCUAAAACAAAUUAUUGUUAGAUACCUGAUCGACCGACCUGCGAUGAACUCCAUUGGAUUGCAUAAACUUCUGCUAAGCUAGAGCGUUAGAUUAGUGACCCAGAGAAAGCUAAGCGAAUUCCGCCCAUUAUCAUUAAGACACGAACAUUCCCUUUUAUACUCGAAUAUUCCGCACAUGUGUACCUUCUUUUAAAGGUACGGAACAAUUAGGUCUGUAUUAGUAACUAUUUGUCUUUUGCACAAAAUUUGUAUUUGUAACAUAUUCCAAACCAAUAAGAUAGCAAUGUUUUAAAAAAAAAAUACAGACGUCUUUUACCCCCAUAUACAAUAAUAUUUGUAACAUUUUUUAUGUACAAACGACUUUUAGCUAAAGCGAAGAAUAAUAAAGUUUUUAUUGUAUACAACA